UAACUUUAGCACCAAGCUGUGUGUGAUGGAUGUUUGCAGUUCCUAAAAAUAGAGAUCUCUUCCUAUUAUAGCUGGUUUACACAACCGUAAAGUAUGCAGCCUUCAAAUACCUCCCUUUCGCGCCAAUCAUAUUCUUUAAUCACUCAUGAAAUUAUUAAUUGCAGUACCGUUUUACCAGUCACAUUCAUCAGCAAGUGCCUCAAUCCCGCUUUAAUAGCCUCGACAAAGCCAGCUUGACCAGGGGGAGUUGUCAAGUUGGUCACCCUGACACAGACUCUCACACACUCCUAACAAUACAUCCACUUCUUUAAAAAAAAAAAAAAAGUUUGACAAAUGAGUGACAACUGAAUCACACACUGGAAAACGGGAAAUGUUCUCAGGAAGCCCAGCAAGGAGUGAAGGAAAAGUGGUAACCCAUCUCUCUGGCUCCAACCCGCCAAUUUUACCCCCUCUUCUAGCCCCUGGUACAGCCUGAUCCAAGCCAAGAGUGAGCUCGUGGCAGCUAUUAAUACAGUGUGUCGACAGGUCCAAUCACAGUCAGAGCCUGGCCGUUCCUUUCAUGCUGUGUAGAGGACAAGGGACAGGGGACUGUCAUGGGAUCAGAGAUGAUACUAGUGGAAUAAGAGAGGUGGUCGAGAUAUCAAACGAGAAAGUCUUCCGUCUGAAGCCUGUGCUUGAUGAGCAUGUGACCCUCAUUAAGGAACUGGCUAAGGACAUAGAGGUCGACUUCUGGAGACCCGAGAGCCCCGAGCUGGUGACUAUUGACAUUGAUGUGGACAUCCGCGUGCCUGCCAUGUACCUCGAUAUGGUGCACACCAUCCUGCAGCAGAAUGACAUGGAGCAUGUGAUCCUUAUUGACGAUCUGCAGACUGCUGUUGAAGCCCAGGCCCAGGGGCCCACUCCCAGAGCCCACAGCUACACCAAGUACAAUAGCUGGGACAAGAUCCAGUCCUGGAUCUCCUCUAUUGCCUCCUCCAACAGCAACCUGAUCAGUAAGCAGGUCAUUGGAAACACCUACGAGGGACGCCCCAUGACUAUCCUCAAGCUUGGUAGGAAGUCCAGCUCCAGAAAGCCCGCCAUCUUCAUGGACUGUGGUAUCCACGCCAGAGAGUGGAUCUCUCCUGCUUUCUGCCAGUGGUUUGUUAAGGAGGCUAUGUCUACCUAUGGCCAGGACUCUCAGAUGACCAGCCUGCUCAACGAGAUGGAUGUUUUUGUCCUGCCUGUCUUUAACAUUGAUGGCUACGACUACACCCACAAGAGCAACAGGAUGUGGAGGAAAACUCGCUCCAGGAAAUCUGGUUCCAGCUGCAUUGGAACUGAUCCCAACAGGAACUUCAACGCUGGCUGGUGCACCACCGGAGCCUCCAGCAACCCCUGCAGCGACACCUUCUGUGGAUACAGUCCUGAGUCUGAGAUUGAGGUCAAGAAUGUUGCCGACUUCAUCCGUAGGAACAAGUCCAUCAUCAAGGCCUACAUCACCGUCCACUCCUACUCUCAGCUGCUGCUCUUCCCCUACUCCUACACCUUUGAGCUGGCCGCCACCCACAGUGAGCUGCUGAAGGUUGCUGAGGGAGCUUCUGCUGCUCUGCGUAGUCUGUAUGGCACCCGCUACACCAGCGGACCUGGUGCUGCAACCAUCUACCCCGCUGCUGGAGGCUCUGACGACUGGGCCUACGACCUGGGAGUGAAAUAUUCCUACACCUUCGAGUUGCGUGACACUGGUCGUUAUGGCUUCCUGCUGCCUGAGUCUCAGAUCAAGCCCACAUGUGAGGAGACCAUGCUGGCCGUCAAGUACAUCGCCGCCUAUGUGCAGAAGAACCUCUAUUAACGAGCGGAACUGCCAGGACCCCUGCCAACUCAGCUCCUCUGUACCAGCCCCCAGCCCCUCCAACCUCUCAGCCAUCUCCAGUCCGUAUCCAUGGAUACGGACACCACCCGCCAUGUUUCCUCGCUGUGCUUGACAGAAUGUCAAGAUGAGAGCAAACAAUAAAAUCAAUGAUCCAU